GAUUCAGACUCAGAGAUGAAGAUUUCCUCUGAAGGCUUCACUCUGAACUCCCUGAACCAAAGAGGCAGAGCAGCAGGAGGAUGGAUCAGAGGGAAGAUCCAGAAAAUUAGGAGAAACUCCCACCAUGAUGUUGGGGUCAACACUCUGCCUUCCACCGAUGGACGUCUGUCCCCUGAGGACGAAGAGGCUCCAGAAGUCAGCCCCAUGUUCGAGCAGCUCCUUGACGAGCAGCAUUUCUCCGAGGCGAGCCUCCUGCUGAACCACACAGAAGACCUUCUGUUUGGAGACACAUCUGAAGACCAGCCUCUUCAUCACCAUGAAGAGGAGCUGGCUCGUCUGACCGCACAGCGUGGAGCUCUGGAAAAGCUUUUGGUGCAGACUUUAAACCAGAGUCUGUCUCUGAACCUUGAAGAGAUCUCCAACGAGGUGUCGGUUCCAACCACCGCCUUGACCUCUGCUGUGAAGGCCAUCCACCAGGCGGAGGAGCAGGACCUGAAGUGGACCACAUGUCGAACACCCAACAACUGGAAGAAGCUCCACGACUCAACCCUCUGCUCCCUGGUGGAGGGACGGAUGGACAACCCGUUAGUGGGUCCUGCUGGGCCGACGGAUCAGUCCUCCAUCCAGAUGGACAUCCAGAACAUGGGGAGGCAGCUGAAGGAGGACCUGCUGCAGGUGGUCCACGUGGUGAAGAACUGCUACCCCCCAGAAUCCAACAUCUGUCAGGUCUACGCCUCUCUGUACCACCAGAACCUCAGCGCCAGGCUCAGAAAGAUCUCAGACUUUGUUCUGGAUGACAAGGACUGCACGUUCCUCCUGAGAUGGGUCAACGAAUUCUAUCCGGGAAUCCUCAAAAAGCCAGAACUGGUGGGUGAAAUCGAUGUUGAGGCGCUGGGGACCCUGCUGCCCCAAGAUCUACUGGAGCCUCUGGAGGCGCAGUACCUCAACAAGCAGGAGAGCGAGCUGUCGGCCUACGUGAGCCAAGUCCUGCAGGUAGAACGGAGGAAAUGGGUCGAAGGAACAGAGCCGACAAUGGACGACGGCCGAUACUUCAGCCCUCUGGCCUACGACAUCAUCCAGUUCAUCAACGGCAUGGUGAUGGCGGCGCAAACAGUGACAGGAAGUCUGGACCGAGCCCAGAACAUCACCCACGGACUCACAGAUUUAAUGCAGAGCUUCAGAGCGUUUCAGGACGAUGUCAUGAAGCAGAACAAGAGCCCGGCCCAGGUGAAAGCUAACCUCAGCUGUGUGGAGCAGUUCAGGGACUUCUUCGACAGCAGGAGACAUCUGUUCCCAGAGGACGUCCAGAAGGCCUGUUUGGAGGUUCUGAUGGACAUGAAGCGAUCCGCUCAGACGUUCUUAUUGAACCCGGUGCACAAAGUUCUGAAGCCACUUUCCCAGAAGCUGUGGACCAGCGGCUGGCUGAAGAAGGACGUCUUCCUGAAGCUGCUGGACGAUUUGGAGAACGAGCUCCAAGGCUUUCAGGACCUGCAUCCCUCCUGUCAGCAGGAGGUGAUGGGUCAGCUCCACCAGGAGGUGACUCAGGAAUACGUGAGGAGGCUCCUGAGAGGAGAAAAGAAGCUGAAGGACAGGGAGCAGCAGCUGAAGGCUUUCUCCACGAUGAUGAACCAUGCUGACAGUCUGUUUGAUCUGUUCUGCAAAUGGGGAUCAAAGGAGGACUGGUUGAAGGAAAUCCUGAUCAACAUCGCAGAGGUCCUGAAGCUCCAGGACGUCCCUGCCCUCCAGAUGCAGAUCGCUUUACUGGGAUCAGCUCAUCCGGACCUCAGAGAAAAUCAUGUUUCGUCGUUGCUAAAACUGAAGUUGAAUAUUUCCAAACCGGACAGGAGGAUCAUUAAAAUGACUCUGAUGGACCUGCAGAGAGAAACCAGCCCCGCUAAUGAGUUUUUCUCCAAACUUUGA